AGCCGCAGUUUCAUCUGCUUGGCUGCCACCCUUUACGACCAUGGACGCCUCAAAACCGAUAGCGUUUUGUGAACAUGUACAGCUCUCCAGCCUUGGCGUCCAGCCGGCCUCGAUAUCCUUCCAGACGUUGACGCUCGAGUCCGACCACUUCAUCUGUGUGCGGGAGCAGUUGAAUGGGCAGAACCAGGUCGUGAUCAUCGACCUGGCCGACGCGAACAAUGUGCUACGUCGGCCCAUCACGGCGGACUCUGCCAUUAUGCACCCUCAUCAAAAGAUCCUGGCGUUGAAGGCUGGCCGGACGCUCCAGGUUUUCAACAUCGAGACGAAGCAAAAGGUCAAGUCGCACGUCAACAACGAGGACAUCGUCUUCUGGAAGUGGAUAUCUGACUCGGCCAUCGGCAUGGUCACCGACUCGUCCGUCUACCAUUGGUCCAUCUCCGACGCCACCUCCCCGCCCCAGAAGAUCUUCGACCGUCACCCGACCCUUGCCGGCGCGCAGAUCAUCAACUACCGCACCACCGACGACGAGAAGUGGCUCGUUCUGGUCGGCAUCUCGGGAAACACCACGAAUCCGAGCGCGUUCAAGGUGAAGGGCGCGAUGCAGCUGUACAGCAGGGAGAGGGGCGUCAGCCAGCCGAUCGAGGGUCAUGCCGCUGCAUUCGCGGAGGUGAAGCUGGACGGGCACACGAAGCCCACGAAGCUCUUCACGUUCUCGGUUCGGACCGCACAAGGCGCGAAGCUACAUAUCGUGGAGAUCGACCACCAGGCCCCCGACCCACCUUUCGCCAAGAAGGCCGUGGAUGUCUACUUCCCUCCGGAGGCGACCAACGACUUCCCGGUCGCAAUGCAGGUCUCGAAGAAACACGGCAUCGUCUACCUUGUCACCAAGUUCGGCUUCAUCCAUCUCUAUGACCUAGAGUCCGGCGCCUGCAUUUAUAUGAACCGUAUCUCCGGCGAGACGAUCUUCGUCACGGCUGAGCACGAGGCGACGAACGGUAUCAUUGGCGUGAACAGGAAGGGCCAGGUGUUGAGCGUCAAUGUCGACGAGAACACCAUCAUCCCGUACAUCCUGACCACUUUGAACAACACGGAGCUCGCGUUCAAGCUGGCGAGCCGAGCCAACCUGCCUGGUGCGGAUGACUUGUACAUUAAGCAAUACCAGCAGCUCUUCGCGAGUGGCCAGUUUGGGGAGGCGGCCAAGGUCGCCGCGAACUCACCUCGGGGUAUCCUGCGCACGGCGCAGGUGAUCGAGUCCUUCAAGUCUGCACCUACUCCGCCAGGCGGCCUCUCUCCGAUCCUGCAGUACUUUGGCAUUCUGCUAGAGAAGGGCGAACUUAACCACCUUGAGUCGCUCGAACUCGCGCGCCCCGUGCUUCAGCAAGGCAGGAAGCAGCUUCUCGAGAAGUGGCUGAAGGAGAACAAGCUCACUUGCAGCGAGGAACUUGGUGACAUCGUCCGCCUCCACGACAUGACCCUCGCUCUGAGCGUCUACCUCCGCGCGAACGUUCCCAACAAGGUCAUCGCCUGCUUCGCCGAGACAGGGCAGACGGACAAGAUCGUCCUCUACUCCAAGAAGGUCGGAUACCAGCCGGACUACGUCAGCCUGUUGCAGCACAUCAUGCGCACGAACCCGGACAAGGGAGCGGAAUUUGCGAUGCAGCUCGUGAACGACGACUCGGGCCCGUUGGUAGACGUCGAGCGCGUCGUGGACAUCUUCAUGGCGCAGAACAUGAUCCAGCCCGCGACUUCAUUCCUCCUGGACGCGCUGAAGGACAACAAGCCGGAGCAGGGUCACCUCCAGACCCGACUCCUCGAGAUGAACCUCCUGCACGCUCCUCAGGUCGCGGACGCUAUCCUCGGCAACGAGAUGUUCACGCACUACGACCGCCCCCGCAUCGCCAACCUUUGCGAGCGCGCUGGCCUUCUGCAACGGGCGUUGGAGCACUAUGAGGACAUCGCCGACAUCAAGCGCGCGGUCGUCCACACGAAUGCCCUUCAGCCCGAGUGGCUCGUGGAUUACUUCAGCCGCCUCACGACAGAGCAGUCGAUGGCCUGUAUGCAGGAGAUGCUGCGGGUCAACAUCCGCCAGAAUCUCCAGAUCGUCAUACAGAUCGCGACAAAGUACUCGGAUAUCCUUGGCCCUGUCAAACUCAUCGAGAUGUUCGAAAGCUUCAAGAGCUUCGAGGGUCUCUACUACUACCUCGGCUCUAUCGUCAACCUCAGCCAAGACCCCGAGGUUCACUUCAAGUACAUCCAGGCCGCUUGCCGUACGGGCCAGAUCCGCGAGGUCGAGCGCAUCUGCCGCGAGAGCAACUACUACAACCCGGAGAAGGUCAAGAACUUCCUCAAGGAGGUCAAGCUCUCCGACCAGCUGCCGCUCAUCAUCGUCUGCGACCGCUUCGACUUUGUCCACGACUUGGUUCUUUACCUCUACCAGAACGGGCUCACCAGCUUUAUCGAGGUAUACGUUCAGCGCGUCAACUCUGCUAGGACUCCCCAGGUUAUCGGUGGCCUUUUGGACGUGGAUUGCGACGAAACGACGAUCAAGAGUCUCCUGGCGUCGGUGACCGGCAAUUUCCCCAUCGACGAACUUGUUCAAGAGGUCGAGACCCGGAACCGUCUGAAAUUGAUCCUCCCGUGGCUUGAAGCCCGUGUCCAGGCUGGCAGCCAGGACCCUGCUGUCUACAACGCGCUCGCGAAGAUUUACAUCGACAGCAACAACAACCCCGAGUCCUUCCUGAAGGAGAACAAUCUCUACGAGCCCCUCGUCGUCGGCAAGUUCUGCGAGGCUCGCGACCCUUACCUCGCGUACAUCGCGUACGCCAAGGGCUUCUGCGACGAUGAGCUCAUCGCGAUCACCAACGAGAACUCUAUGUUCAAGCAGCAGGCUCGCUACCUAGUGAAGCGUCGUCAACCCGAGCUUUGGGCGCAGGUCCUCACACCCGACAACAUCCAUCGCCGCGCCCUCAUCGAUCAAAUCGUCGCAACUGCGAUACCUGAGUGCACCGACCCCGACGAUGUCUCCGUCACUGUCAAGGCGUUCCUGUCGGCUGACCUCCCGCUUGAGCUCAUCGAGCUUUUGGAGAAGAUUAUCAUCGAGCCCUCACCCUUCAGCGACAACAAGAACCUCCAGAACUUGCUCCUCCUUACCGCCAUCCGCGCGGACAAGGGCAAGGUCGUUGGUUACAUCCAAAAGUUGCAGAACUACGAUGUCGCCGAGAUCGCCAAGAUCGCGACCGACCACGGCCUGUACGAAGAAGCUCUGACGAUCUACAAGAAGUACGAGCAACAUGUCAUGGCGAUGAACGUACUUGUCGAACACAUCGUCUCCAUCGACCGCGCGUUGGAUUACGCUACGAAGGUCAACCAGCCUGAGGUGUGGAGCCGGCUUGCGAAGGCGCAGUUGGAUGGUCUUCGGGUGAAGGACGCGAUCGACUCCUACAUCAAGGCGCAGGACCCCUCGAACUUCCUUGAGGUCAUCGAGAUCGCUAGCCACGCCGGCAAGUACGACGACCUCGUUCGCUUCCUGCAGAUGGCCCGCAAGACGCUCCGCGAGCCCAAGAUCGAUACAGAGCUCGCGUACGCGUACGCCAAGACUGAUCGCCUGCACGACAUGGAGGACUUCUUGAGCAUGACCAACGUCGCGGACAUUCUCGAGGUCGGCGAGAAGUGCUUCGAGGACGAGCUAUAUCAGGCCGCCAAGCUGCUGUUCACCAGCAUCUCGAACUGGGCCCGGCUCGCGACGACGCUCAUCUACCUCGGCGAGAACCAGGCUGCCGUCGAGAGCGCGCGCAAGGCCGGCAACACCCAGGUAUGGAAGCAAGUGCACGCGGCGUGCAUGGAGAAGGCCGAGUUCCGUCUCGCGCAAAUUUGCGGUCUCAACAUAGUCGUUCACGCCGAGGAGCUCCCCGCCCUGGUCACGUCUUACGAGCGCAAAGGCCACUUCGAUGAGGUGCUCGCCCUCUUGGAGGCAGCCCUCAGCCUGGAGCGCGCGCACAUGGGCAUCUUCACCGAGCUCGCGAUCCUGUACAGCAAGUACAGGCCGGAGAAGCUGAUGGAGCACCUCAAGUUGUUCGUCUCGCGCAUCAACAUCCCGAAGGUCAUCAAGGCCGCCGAGCGCGCGCACCUCUGGCCCGAGCUCGUCUUCUUGUACAUCAAAUACGACGAGUUUGACAACGCUGCGCUGGCGAUGAUCGAGCGCUCGGCCGACGCCUGGGAGCACAAUCAAUUCAAGGACGUCAUCGUCCGCGUCGCGAAUGUCGAGAUCUACUACAAGGCUGUUUCGUUUUACCUUCAGGAGCAGCCGACGCUCUUGACCGACCUCCUCUCCGUGCUCAUUCCAAGGAUAGACCACGCUCGCGUCGUCCGCACCUUCCGACAAAUCGACCACAUUCCGCUCAUCCGCCCUUAUCUCAUCGCCGUACAACACCUCAAUAUCGAGGCCGUCAACGAUGCCUACAACGACUUGCUCAUCGAAGAGGAGGACUACAAGACACUACGCGACUCCAUCGAUAGCUUUGACAACUUCGAUAACAUCGGUCUUGCCCGGCGGCUAGAGAAGCACGAGCUUCUGGAGUUCCGACGACUGGCCGCCCACUUGUACAAGAAAAACUCGAAGUGGGACGAGUCGAUCGCGCUGUCAAAGCAGGACAAGCUGUACAAGGACGCGAUGGUUACCGCUGCCACGUCCGCCUCGCAAGAGGUCGCGGAGGACCUGCUGUCCUACUUCGUCGACAUAGGCAACAAGGAGUGCUUCGCGGCGACGCUCUUCAUUUGCUUCGAUCUCCUGCGCUCAGACCUCGUCGAGGAGCUCUCAUGGCAGCACGCACUCAACGACUUCUACAUGCCGUACAAGAUACAGGUGCAGCGUGCGCUUGUGGACAAGGUUGCGGCAUUGGAGAAGCAGGUGAAGGAGCUCGCGACGAAGGAGACGAAGAAGGAGCAGCAGGAGGCGGAUGCGCCGAUAAUCAACCCGGGCGGGUUCGGCAACAGGUUGUUGUUGACGCAGGGCGGGUUCACAGGGCAGGCGCCUCCACCUAUGCCUCUAGCGAACGGCGCCCCGAAUGGCAUGAUGCCGAUGAUGACUGGGAUGCCUGGUUUCUGAGGGCUGAUCGACGGAGGAUGGAGCUUUCGUUUAUCUGUACAUGAUGGACUGUUAAUAUCGACCGUAUGCACUGUGGCUAGCUGCUAAUGGAUUUCCUUGUUUAUCUC